AUGGCUAAUGGAGGAAGAGAUGCUGUCAUUACAAUUACAGCGACGAACAAUAUUCAGACCACAAUAUCUUUGGAGCAAAGAAUCCAGGAAACGAAAUGGCUGCUGCACCCCUCAGCUGGAAACAGCUCUUGUUGCAUCUUCAGAUUACCCCAAUACCUCUUGGAAAUAAACAAGAAGGCCUACCAGCCUCAUAUAGUUUCCAUCGGUCCUUAUCACUACGGUGACACACAUUUGGACAUGAUGCAGCAGCACAAAUGGAGAUUUCUUCGCGAUCUGCUUGUUCGAACACCAUCCCCUGGCCCAAAUCUUGAUGACUACCGGCAGGUUGUGGCAUCAAUGGAAGAAGAUAUAAGACGGUGCUACUCAGAGACAAUCAAUUUAUGCGGUCAAGAUCUAGUUGAGGUGAUGGUGCUAGAUGGUCUUUUCACUAUUGAACUAUUCUGCAAAGUUGGAAGGCUGUCACCAAGUGAUCCAGAUGACCCCAUCUUCAACUUGGCAUGGAUAUUCCCUAACCUCAUACGAGAUCUUCUUCGGUUGGAGAAUCAAAUUCCUUUCAUUGUCCUUCAAACAUUAUUUGAUAUAUCAAAAUCUUCAAGAGAAGAUAGUAACUCAUCCCUUGCACAACUUGCUUUGGAAUUCUUUAGUUUCGCGGUAGAAAGACCAGAUGAAGUCUUAAAGCAACAUGUCAGUGUUCAAGCAAAACAUCUACUUGAUUUAUUUCGCUUGAGUUUUAUUCCUGAACCACAUCACCGCUCACCUCAAAAUCAAAACCCAAAAGGAAACACCUCUCCGCUGGUUCAAUUUAUCCAAUCCGCCAAAAAGCUUCAUUUGGCUGGAAUUAAGUUCAAGAAGAGGGAGGCAAAUAGCUUCUUGGACAUCAGAUUUUGCAACGGGGUGCUCGAAAUUCCGAACAUAACGCUAGAUGAUCUACGCACUGAUAUUUUCCUCAACCUUGUUGCAUUUGAACAAUGCUACUCCCAUUGCUCAAAGCACAUAACCACUUAUGCUGCAUUGAUGAGUUGCCUCAUCAGCACGCCUGUGGACGCAGCAUUUCUCAGUGACAAAAAUAUUAUUGAGAAUUAUCUUGGAACCGAUGAGGAGGUUGCUCAUUUCUUCAAAAACCUUGGCAAGGAUGUGCCUUUCGAUAUUGACGAAAGUUAUCUAUGUAAGUUGUUCAAGGAUGUGAAUGAGUACCAUAGAAAUAUUUGGCACGUGAGAUGGGCUGGUUUUAGAUUUAAGUAUUUUGACAACCCAUGGUCUUUCUUGUCAGCUGUAGCUGCUGUCGUGCUCCUACUACUCACUGCAAUUCAGACCUUCUUUACUUUGUAUGAUUAUUUUAAUUCAUUGGCCUCUAAUGGAGGGGGGAGGCAUUAG